AUGAAUCUUUACAAUAUUAUUUUCUGGACACAAAGCUACAAAUUUACAACAAUCUACGAUAAUAUUGUUUUAGAGGAAGAAAAUUCACAAAAUUGGGAAAUAAAAAAUGAUCUAUCGUUGCCGAGACAAUUGAAUGCGAUAAAAGAUGUUCAAGUUGAAAAUCAAUUAUCUCCACAAACUAUAAAGUUGGUAUUAGAAAGAAUUCGUAUUAGAAAGGAAUCGAAACAGAAAAUUCAAGCAAAUCAAAGUGGAUCUACGGAGUCACCCACUGAUUUUGUUCAUAGCAAACAAUUUAAGACCUAUUUACAAAACUUGAGUGUAUUCAGCAAGAUCGUAAAUUGUAACAGAGUAUUUGAAAAGAUAAUGGAACAGAUAUCUUAUGAUUCGCAAACUUCAUUUGAAUCACCGUCCUCGGAGACAAUAACAGACUCAUCAAUAGUUUCGACCGAAAAUUCUACUCUAACCACUUCAACGACAACAUCUCCAGAAGAGACAACAUUACCGAUGGAAUUGACAAACAAUACAACAGCUUCUAAUUCUACAUUCGCGAGAUUGGAAAAGAAUCCAGCUACAGAUUCAACCAAGGAAACAACAACACUUUUGAACGAAGAAUUAUUUACAACGACGACAGAAAAUCCCCAUUCAAUUCCAAUAAAUCAUGAUACUGAAAUAAUUACAACCACUACUUCAAUUUUACUGACAAUGUCUUCGACUCUUAAAUCUGUUGAAAGAUUAGUAUCGACAACCAAAACUCCUGCUGAUAUUUCAAUGACUAGUGAUAUAAAUAAUUUGACAUCAGAUUCGCCAAUGGCCACGACAGAAUCCUCUAAUAAUACAUGGAUGACAACAAAGUCAGAAGAUACAACUACAGUAAUUUCGUUAUUGACACCCAAAUCUCCAACGAAUGUGCCACCCAUUCUGAAUAGAGAUAGUUUGGGUUUGGAUAGUCAAAAGGUGACAAUGACUCCAACUGAUCCGUCUGGAACGACUCAUACCGACAGUCCUUCGCCUGACACUGAUGUAUCGACAACAGAACCGUCAAUGGAUGUAAAUACGAUCGAUAACACCAAUAAUGCUUCCGUAAAUGAUUUCACCACACCAACUGGCCUUGAUACAGUCGUCCCAAUACUGUCUAAUAGAACCAAUACCGAUUCUAAGCACGUAAUUUCAACGACAAUGACUUCAACUGAUCCAUUGGGAACGACUCAUACCGACAGUCCUUCACCUGUCACUGAAGUAGCAAUAACAGAGCCAUCAAUAAAUAUAAAUACGAUCGAUAAUACUAAUAAUGCUACAGUAAAUCAUUUCACAACACCAACUGGCCUUGACACAGUCGUACCAAUACUGUCGAAUAAAACCCAUACUGAUUCAGAGUCCACCUUCGCCUGCAACAGAUGUAUCAACAACAGAGCCAUCAAUAAAUAUGAAUACGAUCGAUAA